UUCAAGGGCUGCCCUAGUCUCUAUCUCUCCGACCAUCCCCUUAUCAUCGUGUUCCCGCUUGCCGUCCGGUUGCUCGGUCCUCGGUGCGCCGUCGAUUCACAAACACAAACUGGGCUGAGCCGCCGUCGAUUCACAAACACGAAUCGACGUUUCUGUGCUCGGUGCCGCCGUUACCGUGCAACACGAACUGUCGCUACCCCUUGCCGCCGUCGAUUCACAAACACAAACUCCGAUUGCUGGGUGGCGCCGUCGAUUCAGCUUAAAGUGCUUAUUUACUAAAAGCAUGGAGGAAGGAUUUAUCUCUUACCGAGUGUUUUGAUUCUUCAUAGCUUAUUUACUAAAAGCAUGGAGGACACUAAAUAUGAAGAGAGGGAACAGAUUGCAUCAGAUAUUAAGGGUCAAUACAUCGUACCAGGCACUGGAAAGUCAAGAGCCCUCUCUCCUGGACCUGUGCAAAGACCAGAAAUUGUUGGAAGCCAUCAUGCGAAUCCUAAAUUUGCAUCUCUGACUCCAGAAAAGCCAAAUGAGUCUUUAUGCAAAAUGGACAAAAAGGAAGUAGCUGAACUUCCAGAAAGAUACAGGAUCCUCGCUGAAUAUUUUGAUCGCAUGAUUUGUUCAUUGAGGUUGCUGACACUGCAGAAAAGGAUGCCAAUUUUUCAAAACAUUUCUAGACAGGUGGAAAUACUGACAGGAAGAAGGUUCUCAUACAGGCAUCUUGCUCAGAUAAAAUAUAUACUUCCUGAAGCAGUACAGACUGAUAAGGUCCUUAUACAUGACAAGGAUACCUUGUGCAUGAAGCCAGAUAUUAAAAUCACUUUGCUGUUUGAUGUCAUAGAGGGGCAUUAUCAGCAAUCCAUUUUUUUGGCUCUGCAGCAAGUUUUUACUUCUAGGCUCUUGAAUUUCUCUACCAUGCAUCCUGAGAACUGUGAAAUCCCUGAAGCUGAAAUGCCGGAGCCAUUUAACCGAGGAAAUGAUGCCAAAAUUGUAGAUGCAGUGCCUGUGGAUUUGUCAACAGAAUGUCAACGAGGUGUUUUAGAAACUGAGAUGCUACUUAACACAUCCCACCUUUUUCCAUCUUUUAGCAGACACUUUUCUCAGAGUGUUGUUGCAGAACCAGAAAAGAAAGCCAAUUUCUUAGCAUCUGAAGUCCCUAUGUUCACCAAAAAUGAAAAUCAGACAGAUGAGGAUAUAGGAAGCAGGCAACAAGAUGUAUCUCCUGAUAACAACAAACCAUCAUCACAACACCAGGAUGUAUCUCCUGCUAUAUAUUCUAAGUCCCUCACUGUCUCAAACCCUGUCCAGCUGACCCAUUUGGCAAACUGUGUUAGUUCCAUUGCAUGUGAAAUCACACCCUCAAAAGUGGCAUCAGAGGCCAACAAUUUAACAAUACAAACGCCUGCACAGUUGACACCAAAGAGAUCAGUGCCUAGUUGUGACAACAAACUCAAGAUCAUGACAGGCCAAAAAUGGGCAGCAUGUGAUAUCUCUACAAAAAGGUUUUUGGACUUCUCUCUUGUGGAUGAAGGAAAUGCUUUGAACUCCCCUAUAGAUGAGAUAAAUCGGUCCAAAUUGGAAAACAAUAUCAUCCCUCAAACAAUAACAAAGGGGCUAUCAGUGGAAGACAGUCUCACCUGUUCUGUUGCAAUUUUUCAAAAGGCAGAAGAGAGCUGCUGCAUUGGCAAGGAGCAGAAGGCAAAAAAAACGGGUCUUGUACUACUCCAGCAAGUGUCUGCUUCAUUGUCCAACCUCAUUUCUCUAAUCCAUCAAAUUUUUCAGUCUGUUAAAUUCUGUUCGAUCACAAAAGAAGAACUCAUACACAAGAUAAUAAUGAACAAUUGUGAUGUUGUUGAGAGGAGAGAGGUUGAGGAUCAGAUUGACCUUCUUGAGAAGCUAGUUCCAGAUUGGAUAUGCAGGAAUUUAGCACCUACAGGGAAUCUGCUGUACAACAUCAAGAAAGUGUCAGAUUUGAACGCAGUACGUGAGAGGCUUUCUCAGCGAGUGACAGAACUGCCAAGCAUUACUGGCUGAUUUGUUCGGGCUGCCGGAAGACGAUAUUUGACUAGAAGAUGAAGAAAGCCUCACAUUUGUUGUUCAGAAGAUCAAGAAGCCAUCGCAUUCAGUCUAGAACUUGCUUCCUGCUUUCUUUUAAACAAUGAAUGUAGCUUGUGACAGGUGAAAUUGUGCUUAAUGAUCUUUCAGGGUUUUUUUUCUUUUUUUUCUUUUAUUUGCUGAGCCUGAGAAUGAUCUUCCAGGUUACUAGUAAUUUUAUGUUCCAAGUUUGUUUUUGGAUGUACUCUAUAUUUUCAGCCCCCUUAAACCUGAUGGGAUAUUUCCUUCC